AUCUGUUUCCCAGCACAACAGGAAUGUGACUUCGUCAUGGGUGAAUACCACAUCCGUACCUACGAGGACCGGGACUAUGAGGCGGUGCGCGCCAUCUUCUCCCACGGCAUCCUGGAGCACGCUCCGGCCGGCUGUUGGCACGUUCUCCGGUGCCCUCAGACCCACCUGCUGCUGCUGGCCAUCUUCUACGUGGCCUACGCGGUCUCAGCGUCUCUCCUCUUCGCCGGUGGAGUCGUAGCGGCCCUUCUGGCCGUGGGCUGGGUGCGCAUGAAGGGCAUCUGGGCCGAAUACGUCGAAGCCGCCCUCGCCGAGGACAUGGGGGACAUCCGGAAAACCUACCUGGAGGCCAAAGACAGUUGCUUUUGGGUGGUGACGUCCCGAGAGGAGGUGGUGGGCAUGGUGGCCGCCGUCCAGCCGGAGGACCCGUCUCAACAGGACGUGGCCCUGGAGCUGAAGCGCAUGUCGGUGGCCAAACCACACCGGGGCCGGGGCCUCUCCAAGGCGCUUACCCGGACCGUCAUCCGCUUUGCCCAGGAGCGCGGCUACAAGGAGGUCGUGCUGGGCACCAGCAUGGUGCAGCUGGCGGCUCAGCGGGUGUACGAGGGCAUGGGCUUCCGCAAGGUCCGAGCGAAGAGCCCAUCCUUCUUGGCCAAGCUCCUCCAGUUCUACGUCUACUACUAUCGCUACGAGAUUGCCGGAUCGCGCUAACUCCUUUCUCUGGAAGGAGCCGCCCCGGGACUGGAAGUUGCUGCGGAAGGGGCAGCGGGACGUAGUGGGUAGAGCGUAGGGCGAGGAUUCUGGAGACCCAGAUUCAAGUCCUCACACUGCCGUGGAAGCUCAUUUUGGCGGGGGGGGGGGGGGCUGAAGCCAGUCACCCGCUCUUAGUUACGUGACUCUCAAAGUUGCUGUGAAGGUAAACUGGAGGAGACGAGACUGAUGUAAGCAGCUUGGAGUCCCCAUUGCGGAGAAAAGUGGGGUAUAAAUGCAGUCGGGAAACAA